GCAACAUCGUCUUAUCACCUAUGAUAAGGACAUAGCGGAUUGAACUGCAGACACUCCUUUCAUGAGGCGAUCUCGGACAAUCAAGUCGCGCCAGCUGCUCUUGUCCCGUCCUGUCAGAGAUGUGUAGACCACCUGGGAAACCGUUUUUCCGCUUCGUAUGCUUUCUAAAAGCUGCCAUCAUGCCCGUUCUGUCUUCUCCUCUUCUCUCGCUAGACGGCUACACUUGUUAGAGUCACCUUUUCCCGUUUUGAUCUGCUUUCAACCGCAGCAGCUGUUCAUUGAAGCCACCACACGCCGUCAACGAGACCUGAUAAAAAUCGCGACGCGUGCUUGUUUUGGUGAUAGAAGACGGAGCGACUGCUUUUAGAUCCGUGCUGUCUACCUACCUAUCACUGACGUGAUGGCAUACAACUGUAAAAACACACGGGCCCUGACCCAUCUCACCGGCUGCCACUCUGAAAACAAUAAGCAAGGUUUUAUUUUGGCUGGGAUGAUACUUGCCGCUUAAAGAGGACAUGGGCUGUUCUUAAAUAGGUUUAUAAUACUUAAUCAUAGUGCGUAUAGCUAUGAUUAGCUCCCAUUAGAAUUACAUUUGUCUGGUUAGCUGUACUUUGGAGCUCGCAAUCCAAAUGAUUGUACCUAAAAGAGGAUCUCCUAAAAUUUGAAUGAAGAAAUGGUUUCACAAAUGCUAUGCGCCCCCUGGUGUGUGUCCUUUGUAAAAGAUAUGGCGUCUGGUCGGCUAAGACCUCUAGUGUCCUUCAUAAGAGGGGUGCAAGCGACCAGCACAAGAGUGUCUCCUCUCCUACAACAUGGCUGCCCGCAUGUUGUCAUCCCUCCGCCCUGUUAUGUCCGCCAUUACGCCACAAAGAAAAGUAAAGCAAAAGCCAAGGGACAGGUAGCCAAAGUGAGCAUCAAUGCUGCUUUGGUGGAGGACAUCAUCAGCCUGGAGGAGGUACAGGAAGACAUGGCCACUGUGCUGGCCACACUGAAGGAGGAUUUCAGCCGCAAUCUGGGAAUCCGAACCUCGCCAGGUGCACUGGACCACAUCUUGGUGACCACCAAGGAUGGUAAAUGCCCUCUAAACCAACUUGGACAGAUCUCCAUGAAAUCAUCACAGCUCAUGGUGGUCAACAUGACCAGCAACCCAGAGGCCACUGCAGCAGUCACCCGUGCUCUACAGGAGAGCAGCAUGAAACUGAAUCCAGAGGUGGAGGGCACCAUCAUAAGGGUGCCCAUUCCCAAGGUGACUCGAGAGCACAGAGAAAACCUGGCUAAGCUGGCAAAGGAGUUCAGCAACAAAGCUAAGGAGUCUGUUAGGAGAGUACGCACCAAAGCCUUGGUCCACAUCAAGAAGGCCAAGGAGGGGGUCUCGGAAGACACUGUCCGCUUGAUAGAAAAGCAGGUUCAACAGAUGGCGGACAGCUACACAGCAGACAUUGACAAGCAGUUAGCCACGAAAACCAAGGAGCUGCUUGGCUAAUGGAGACAGUCUUCCAAGCAUCCAUGACCUUGUGCAUUAAACAUAACUUUGGCUGGACACAUCCUUACAAAAAAAAAAAAAAAAAAAAGGAAAUGCGGGUAACUUUGUCAUAAAAUUUGGCAUCUCAAAGGUGGUGUUUGGUUGAUGUUUGUGUGCUUUCCUCAUGCAUAAACAAAAGUGGCCUUAGCAUGCCAGUGGCUAUAAACCCCCCUCCACCCUGUCCUCAAGUCUUCAAACAAACAAAUGGGAGGACAGAUGAAGUUUUAAUGUGAUUUGGGGGUCCUCCUCCUAAUCAGAGUGAUGCCACAGGCUCUAUGUUUAUGUAAGAAAGCGCAGCAGUCAAUGUAAACUCUGGUCUUUACAGGAUGGUGCGGGAGUGUUCACAACAAGGCAUUGCCAACAUUUGUUUCGCAUUCACAGCUGCUGAGCUAAAAAUGCACAUGUUUUCCUAUUGUUUGUAAGGAUUACAGUUGGAAUAAAAAAGGCACACACUUUUUUUUUUUGACUCACUCAGAACUAAA